AUGUCAUUCAUUUUUGGCCGUCGCCGGUCGCAAUCAGACGCGGUCACCGACGACGCUGAUGCUGGCCACAGAAAGUCAAGUCGAGAGCCCCAUUCACCCUCGGGCGCUCAUCGUGACGACGCGACCGAUUCAGGAAUCCUUCAUGGCUUAUUUCGCAAGCGCAGCGACAGCGCGCUGUCUUUAGAUUCAACUAAGGAUACCCAGAAGCAGAAUCGAGAUGCAGGACUUCAGCUGUAUACCAACGACGUCCCCGUCCGAGGAAGAGGAUACGAUGCGAGUCGACGAAGCUCCAGAGAUUCUACCCCCAGCACCGCAUCAGGAAGAGGAAGCCCCGAGCCUCCAGCAGCGGCACAUAGCGAACCCAAACAGCCGGGCAAUAUCCAAGACUAUUUGGACUAUCGACUCGAAAAAGCAGGGCUACCCGAUGACAGUUCUGAUCCCAGGUUCUCCACGGAGCAUGGAGCAGCUCUGACGAAGAAAGAUGUCAAGGCGCUUCUAUCCGGCGCACCGCACUUUAUGCUGGAGCGAGGCAAGCAUGGUCGCUGGUAUCCGCAAGUGAUCUUUCCCUGGGAUGAGCAUAAUCCUUCCAUCCAACGCAUGUUGGAUCGCAAGCCCCUGGCCCAUGCCUCGUUCACUCUGUGUACAUUGCAUGCGCAUCUGCCAGUUCCUGAUGACUGGGCUGUGAAAGGUGGUGUGCCUAUUCCGCUACAAGAUUGGCGUCGCACAGGCGCUUUCAAGAGAGCCGCAUUCGAUGUUGGAGUAUUUGAAGUUCCCAAUAUGCUGGGAAUCAACGGCAAGGAACCGGGCACUAUUGGCUUUCGAAACUUCCUGGAACUCUCAAAUGCCGACCUUUUAAAAUACACCGGACCUGAAGAACCCAGACAACCCCCAAAUAUGCAACGGUUCUCAUCGCUGCCUGCCACCGAGGCGUUUGAGUUGAUGGAUCAGUAUAACAAACCAUAUUCCCAGUGUCUCAGCGGUGCCGUGUUCGACCGGCGCAAGCUCAUCAAGGAUGGUCCAGCUGGCUGGAAGCGCAUUGGUGUACGAGAUGCCAACCUGAGAUAUCUGGUACGACGUCUCGAACAGCUACGACAAUUGCGCCUCGAUGUCCUUCGCCAAGGUUCAACCAUCACCAUUCUGGAUGUUGAGUCGCCGCAUGAACUGCAUAACAUAUUGCAUACGCACUUCCUCCAUCCUCGCCCACCCCCAGCUGAUCUGCUGUCAGGCCAUCCGCAAAGCCUGAAAUCCCAGAUCAAAACACUCGCAACUGUUCUGGCAACUCCCGGAGCAUGGAUCGAUUUCAGUUUGCCCGAGUGGCGAUUCAGAGCUGGUCAAAUCCUGUGGGAGGUUCCUCCACAUGGAGAUGGAGACUGCGUGGAGCUCAGUGAUUGCUCCUCCGGGACAACUAAACAACCGUGGGCCAACUCUGGCAUGGAGCGCAAGUGGCUUCUAAUCCAGAUCCUUCUGGCGGCAGAGCUUCUAUUCCGUCUCGAUGCUUUCGUCCGCGUCGGCAUGUUGCAUGAUCCCCAUGGAGGCUUGAUCACAGCGCAAGAGCUCCAUCAUUUUGAUCAACUCCGAGAGGGAAAAGUGAACUGGGAUCUCAUCUUUGUGCGCCGCUUUCUUGACAACCUCGAUAUUACUUGCGACUCGACUCAAUCCCCCGAUUCGCCCCCCGGUGGUGGUAGCUCGUCAUCAUCAUCAAUUGAAAAACCACCUCAAAAACCCCGUCGCUUUUCUCUUUUCGACUCCAUCUCUCGCCGCAUUUCAUCUACGCAGGAGGCUGACGUGCGGUCCGCUUGGGAAUGCCGUAUCAGUUCCCCGUAUGUGCGACAGCAGCUGGAGGGCCUGUAUGUCUUUGCAGAGAACAUUGGAUGGCCGAAGGUCGACGCUCUCCGAUCCCACUUUGAAGAGAUAUGCAAAAGUGGCAAAGACGUCUUCACUCCAAACGUGAACGCAGAUGGCUUAGGCGACCAGGGAACGGAGUCUGAAGAUAUGAGGAAGACAGACCUAGUGAAGCACGAUAUGUACAGCCGCAGUCGAUGCCGUCGCAGCGUCAAGCUACGCAGUUUGUCUCAAGAAGACAAGGACCCGCAUGCAUCUGAAAUUCUUGGCUGGAUCUCUCGAAGUUGGCUUUCAGGCCUCGUCAUUCCUGGUGAGGCAAUCUGCCAUCUCCUAAUUGGGACGCUCUUGGAAAAUAAUGCCGAUGCAAUUGAACGACUGGGGACUACAGCGAAUCUCUAUGGGGGAUUUAUCUACGAUGGACGCAGUUACUGGAGCAAAGCUAGCAUUGUUGGACGUGUCCUAUCUAGCUUGGACGGAGCCAAAACUUGCAUGGGAUGGGUCGGCAGCGAUAUACUCCCCCGCGACGAGACGACAUUUGAGCCAUUGGCCGAAGGUUGGUACGAAGUCCCCAUGCAGAAAGCCAUUCGCGGUCCUGGAAAGUCGCGUAUCAAACAAGGUGGGAAGUUGGCUAUGGAAUCGACGCCACUAGGGACGGGAGAUAUAACUGCCGACGUCUUUACGUUGCCAGUCGACCAGCCUGCAUCUGCGUCUAUGCCAGAGGUGAAACUGGCCAAGUUGACUUUAUCGGUCCGAACCCAAUGCAAGCGAGGCAUUACGAGCAGUGAGCAGGCUUCGUUAUCCUUCUCCCUCCACGAUGUGAACUUGCCAUCCCCGACUACGGCCUCGUUCGCGCUGAGAUAUAAUGUACGCUUUAUUUCUGCCCACGAAUGUCGGCGACCACGGGGUGUCGCUGCUCGCCACAAGGACUGUCCAGGUCUUCACGGCAAGCAGCAGCAGCAGCAGGAAGAGUCGGCGACACCUGACUGGAGCCAGUUCAAGCGUCUACCAGGCCACCCACUGCACCGGUCAUUCGCAUACCGCCAUGUCUUCCUCGACGCACUGCCACAGCUCCCUGCGCCGACUCCCAUGCUCGACGGACACACCGAGGUGCUAGUUAUCGAUGCGCGCGGAUCUCGGGUGAAGGAGACCUUUGCGCGAGCAUGGUGCGCCUCCGUUGGCUGCCAUGCUCUGAUCGGUCGCGUGGGAAGGACGUGCGUGGCGUGUUGUGUCCGCGAGGCGAGGGCCGUCGACGUACCAGUCGUUGUGCGAGUGGGUGAGUGGGUUGGUUAA